UCCGGGAACUGUUCAAGCUAUGUGAAGUAGCAAAAAUGAUACCUCCGUGUGAUCCAACGAUACUGGAAACCAACCCUCAUUUUAAGCGUCUCUACCAACAUUUGACGACCACAUUGCUUAACCCAGAUGGUUCGACGCGGGCCAAUGACGCCCAACCCACAAGAAAAGCAGUUCAAGAAGAAUUGAGGGAUUGCCAGCUGCGCAAUGCGAAGAAACAGAUUAAAACGCAAACGCUCCGACAAAUGGCGUUUAAUCCUGAUAGCGAACUGCCUGAUGAUUGCCGAGAGCCUAUUGCUGUCGUUUCCCUGUUCCUCGAAUCCUCCCCUAGUCAGCUCGACCAGAAUGACCAAUGCAACGGAGGAGGAGACGUUCAUACCUUUAUCGCGCCGGAUAUCGACAAGUUUUACUCGAAUCUACAUAUGAUGAUGCCCUCCUUUGCGAAAGUUCUCUCCUCUACUAUGCGCGACCUCCGAAUGCUCACGAAUCCCGGUGACACCGCGGGAUCGUCAACAUCCGCGUCUAUAGAGGACUCCCGACCACAUAUUCGGACUAGAAGUCGGAGUAAACUGGCGCCUUCAAUCCCACUGUCCUCGCAGAUAAGUGGUCGACUACGCGCCUUACGUGAAAUGCAAUUUUCAGAGCUUCCGGCAAGUCGGACCCAGAUGGCGGCGACUGCGGCGGAGGUUCUUGCCUUACGAACCGAAGUAUUGGAGCGGACGGUUACACUUCUAGAGCGGGCGAAACAUGGUGCCUUGGCUCGUGCUACGAAGGCCAAAGCGGAGCACCUGGCUACGGUAGCGCAUGGCGUGGAGGGCAAGCUAAAUGUGAUGAGAUUGGAUAUUUUGGCGGCCAUCCACACGCCCGAGGUUAGUGCUGCGCUCAACAGAUACCACCAACAUCUGCGCGAUACACGAGAAAGAUUGGAAGAGAGGAGAGAAGCUGCGCUAGAAGAGCUGAAGGCGUAUGAAGACGCGGAUUCAGCCACCAAUAGUGGGAUUCGAGGCCCUGCGAAGUCUGGGCCAAUUGGGGAAAUCGCGCGCCGUUACGGAACUUUAAUCAGGGAAAUAGAGGACGUGAAAACGGAGAUUCACCGACUAGGCGGCAAAAUGGCUGACGAUGCUAUUUCCAUCUAUGACGAGAUCGAAAUCGAAGAUAUGACUUUCGACCCGAAUAUUCAGAUCUAUCACUACCCUUGUCCCUGUGGCGAUCGGUUCGAGAUUGCUAUCGAUGACCUCCGGGACGGCGAGGACAUUGCCGUGUGCCCUAGCUGCAGUUUGAUGAUUCGUGUUAUCUUCGAUGUGGUUUGUCUCCCGUCUUAA